AUGGGUUCCGGAGGAUCAGCACUCCAGGAGGCCACCGCCCAACAAGUCCAGGAGGCCUUCGCAGGUCUGAGCCCCGAAGAGCAGAAGAAGGUGGCGGAUGCACUUGUCAUUGUCUCCAAGGCAGCUGGAUCAGCAGAGGAUGCUCCAACUCCUGGGCUCAGCGAGGAACAACGUGCUAUGUUAAAGGCUGCAUAUGCGGACAUUGACACGAACAAAUCUGGUACCAUUGAGGUCGCGGAGUUCAAGAGUGUCAUGCAGAAGAUGAAAGUGCAGCUCACUGACGAGCAGAUUGAGGGUGUCUUCAAGCGUGCUGACCUGAACAAGGACCAGAAGCUGAGCUAUGACGAGUAUGAGAAGCUUGUGGUGAAAGGCCACAAGAAACAAUACAAGUUUGUACGCAGCAUAGCCGAUGCAGGUUCGGGGGGGGAGGGGUGGUUCAAGUCCAGGCAGUCAUGGAGGUGCGUGCUCCGUACGUGA